GCGGUGCCCCCGCCCACCGCCGCCGGGGCACGCGCACGGAGGCAGCGUGCACGCGUCGGGCUCGCUCCCGAGCUGGCUGCGGGCACGCGGAGGCGGCAGCGCGGUCGUUCUCAGCUCCCCUCAUCCUCGUUCUGGUACUCGUCCUCCUCCUCAUCUUGGUCCUUCGUCCUCCGCGGCUCCUCCGCGACCCUGUCCGCAGCCCCGGCCCGGCGAUGAAAGGAUUGCUGGGAAGAAAACUGAUUUUGGAAAAAGAAAACUGUAGAGAUGAACAGUUUAAGAUUUCUUCUGUAGAUCUGGAAGACCAGCCCCUACUUGGUGGCAUUUCGAGCCCUGAAGAUGAAAUUGUGACGGAGAUUUUUAGCCAAGACAGUCAAUUCAUUUCUGAAAACAUUAACCUGAAAAGCACCGUGAUUAGUAAGCACGACGAUGAUGAAGACUUCCAUUCCUUUAAAGACGCCUACUUCACUUCGGCCGACCCCCGGGAGACGCUGCUGCCCUCCUUCAACGCAUCCCUCAAUGCAGAUUGUGGCAGUAAAGUGAAGGUCGAACGCCUGGUCGACGAGAAUAAUGAGGAAGAGAUUCUCGAAGACUAUUCGGGUCUGGCCGAGCUCAACCCUUUGGAGGAUACCAUGCUGCCCUCCCCGUCCCAGCUGCAGCCACAUGCCUACAACGUCCACUUCCUGUCUUCCUUAAGGACUCAGCAGAGGAACCCCCCCAGUGUCCUGCCCCUGGGUGCCUGGGCAGCCCGGGAAGGAGCCGCUCAUCACAACGUCCGAGUAAUUCCAGUGGAGAUAAGGGAAGCAGUUGGUGCAAUUACCACUACCAACCAGGAGGAGGCGGUCUUUCAGAAUGCACAUGCCCAGGAGGCCUGCUGCAAGUUCCCACCCUCACAAGAACCCAUGGAGAACUCCAACUGUUCACAUAAGAAGGAAUCAAACCCAAUGGUAAUAUGUCAGUUGAAAGGGGGCACACAAAUGCUGUGCAUUAACAAUUCAGGCACGCGAGAGCUCAAAGCUGUUCACUUGAUUCCCCAGUAUCAAGAACAAAAUAAUUACCUGCAACCAGAUGUGCCUAAACCGUUGACUACCUUAGUUGGAAGAUUUCUGCCAGUACCAGCUAAAUUAAAUCUUAUCACACAACAACUUGAUAAUGGCACCUUAUCAUCUGUAGUUAAUGGAACCACCUUCCCUUCAGGAUCAAAUCUUCAAGGGCCAGCAAAAAUAACUUUAGCUGGAGUAACUCUUAGUUCAUGGGACUCAAAGUCUAAAAAGCCAUGUAACUGUACCAAGUCCCAGUGUCUGAAAUUGUACUGUGACUGUUUCGCCAACGGGGACUUUUGCAACAAGUGCAACUGCAACAACUGUUACAACAAUUUACGCCACGAGAUCGAGCGGUUUAAAGCCAUUAAGGCCUGUCUUGAUAGAAAUCCAGAAGCCUUCCAACCCAAGAUUGGGAAAGGAAAAUUGGGGGAUAUUAAGCCUCGCCAUAACAAAGGGUGUAAUUGCAAGAGGUCAGGCUGUCUUAAAAACUACUGUGAGUGCUAUGAGGCCAAAAUUAUGUGUUCUUCUAUUUGCAAAUGUAUUGGUUGCAAAAACUAUGAAGAAAGCCCUGAACGAAAAAACCUCCUGAACAUGCCCAACUACGUGGAGAUUGGAGGGGCUGAAGGCAGCCAUCUUUUUUCACCGUCUAAGUUUGCAGUGUUGCCGAAGUUCAGGAAGGACAGACAACCUUAUACGUGCAUCUCCUGGGAAGUGGUGGAAGCGACCUGUGCUUGCCUGCUGGCCCAAGGGGAAGAGGCCGAGAAGGAGAACUAUUCAGAGUGCUUGGCAGAGCAGAUGAUCCUCGAGGAGUUUGGGAGGUGUUUAUCCCAGAUUCUUCACACAGAAUUCAAAUUCAAAGGGUUGAAAGUGGAGUAGACUGAGGUGUCCUAUGGAAUGCAUGCGGAGGUCUCUCCUAUGACAAUGUUCAGAAUGGAAUCUAUGUCUUGGUAUUUGUAGGAAAUAUGCUGGCAAGGUCUAGUUCAGCUCAUCCCCUGGAGCAUGAAGGGUCGCAUCGCCCUCUGCACCUAUGAAUGUAGGUAAUCUAUUCAUCGAGUCUCUGGAGGACAGAGCAGCAGGUGAACAUCUUUUGAACAAAUGUCUCUAUGACACUGUUUUCUGGGGGAGGGGGGAUUGUGGAUUCCUGAAAUCCAUGACAGCUCUUUGGAUUGGGAAAUCACCUGAUAGAAGCUUGGCAAGUAGUAGGAUGGCCUUGAGUGAAAAAAAAUCAAGGUUGACUCCAGUUCUCCCAAUUUCAGCUUCUCCAGAGAAUUCCCUUACAGACAGACGCUGCCCUGCCUUGAAAGCCUUGGGUAAUGGUCUUCUCUUUGGAAAUUCUUUGGAAGUGCAUUUCCCACCUGGGCAGUUAUGCUACUGCUACAAUUACUGACAAAUUGUCAGAAUUAUUGAAUCCCCUGAGAAUGUCAAUAGUGUAGGUGGUCCCUUGCAGUCACCUAGUUAGCUGAUCCAUUCUAAGGGGUUAAAUAAGCAGUGUAUGUAGUAGCAGCUGCAGCCUUUGUCCUCUGGGACUUGUUCUAGAACUUGGAAAUCUAGCCCUUGGCGGGUUUCUCUUGAAUUGUGGCAAGGAUCUCUCUUCCAGUGAGCCUCUGCGUUGUUAUUACUAUUGCUUAUAAAAGCUAGAAAAAAGGGGUGGCCCCGCCUUGAUGUGCAGACAGGCUUGAUUAGCAUUGGGUCUCCUAACAUCCACAAAUGUUGGAAAGGUCUCAAACAUCCCCACAGUGAAACAUGCAUCAGAACCACUCCCCUCUGUUGGUUAGCGGUGCUUAGUGACAGCAGCCGCCCCUAGAAUGGUACAUUUGCCCAAUAAAGUGAUGGACUGGUGGGGGGAGCCUGGUUAAGUGAGUGACAUUCAUAAUACAUUACUCCUGUGGACACAGAAGCAGAUGAAUUGGUCAUUACAGGAAGGGCUAUCUCUUUGUUCAUAGCAUGUCUUAACCCUCCAUCAGGGAGAAGAGCAAAGCUCAGUCCCUGUGGAGAGACUCCUUAAAGCGAGACAGGGAACACUUAGUCCUUUCCCAACUCCAAUCCCCACAUAGCAUUUGGGAGACUGGAGCCUUUAGGAGAAGGCCAGAAGGCAAGUGAGGCAUGGUGGAUGAGCCCAAAUGAGCAGGCUCUCCACAUUUGAGCCCUUCUGGGAUUCCUACAGACCCUGACGGGGGUGGGGGGGGUGGGGAGGCAGGUACAUCCUCUGCAUUUACUGCCUGAAGAAAAGGGCCACCUUGACAGAGCAGUGUAGGGCCAUGUGUGCCAUGAUGUUGGGAGAAGAGAAGGACAUAGCUCUCUGGAGGAAGCCUUUAGCCUGACAAAUGGAAGUCCAUUGCAAAGUUGGCUGCAGAGUCUUUAACAAUCCAUGGCCAGGCAGGAAGAGAAAGAACCUUGAAGGCCAGGUCAGGUUAUAGGGAUUCCUCCAGGCCUGUGCUCCUCAGGGCAGGGUUUUCUCACAGCACGCUUGGGGACUGCAGCCCUUGCACACAGCUGAGCUAUAGGCAGGGGGCAGUGGUUGUGAUGCCAGCUAUAGCCAGGUGCCCCUCAACCAAAGCAAGAAAAUCUGGUAAGGCCUUAGAGCUGUCUUCCUCUGCCUCAGGGAGGGCACCCUCCUGCCAGACCUCUCCAGAAAGAGAGAACCUGGUCGAAUCAACACAGGGCAAGAGUCAGCCAUGUACCACCUAAUUUUAAAAUUAAAUCUGAGAUUAAAAUCUCUUAAGUACAAAUAUACAUGUAACACUACAGUAAUGACUGAAAUUAAUGUCUAGGAUGACUACAAACCAUACAAUUACACUUCUGUUUAUUUUCAGUGGGGAAAACUGGUAUUGUUAUUUAAAACUGUAAAAAUACCAUGCCCUUGUUUCGUGCGAUGGUCAGGCAUCUUUCUCACUAGCCAUCAAAAAGCACAGAUGAUGUAAACCUCAUGACCUGGGCUUGUAAAGAAGAUGAGAUCCCCAUUUCAGAAGCAGCGCAGUCCAGCCAGCGUAACCUGGUCCCUCUCCAGAACUGGGCAGGACGUUAGAAACCACUGAGAAGAAUCUGAAAGGCUUCUCCUCUAUUCCUCCCUCUUUGGGCAAAUGUCUCACUCGUUCCGGGGACCCUGGGCUAGCUUGUCUGGGUGGAUAUUUCUCACUUCUCCUUUGAUAGACCAUAGCAGAGGGUCAGAGCUGGUCAAGUCAUCCCCAGGCUCAUGGUCUGGGGAGAAGGGGACUUUAUUUUCUCUUUGGGUCAGCAGCGAGUGUGUUUUGCUUUCAUGCAAAAGGGAAAUUGAAGUGGUUGUCAGAAUUGAGAAGAUUGUCCACCCUCCUGUCCACAGCUAUGUUGGCCACUGUCUGCCUUCUAGCCUCCAGAGGCCCCUUCUUCUUCUUGGUAUGGGUUUAACCACUUAGCUGUCAUUACUUGCUAACUUGGUAAAAGUAUCAGUUCACUUAUAGCUCAUUGAAAUGUUUUUUUCUUCUUUAAUUCUUGUUAUUCUUGGAUACAUUUAUUAUUUUCAAUAAGCAAAUUAUCUGGGCCGCCCCUCAAUAUAAUAAAGUAAAGCAAGACAGUUUUCUCUCUUAGCCCCUCAGUCUCUAGUAUGAAUCACCUAGGAUUGAGUGCUCGAGCGCUCUUGAUUUGGGCAGCAUUUAGCACCUAGUAGGUCUGCAGUGUACACUCUAGACUUAACUAUGACUCAAAUUAUUUAUUGCUAGAGAAAAAUUGUAUCUAUUGGUAUUUUAUUUAGAAAACAAAUGCUUAUUUUAUAAUUUUAAGUACUGUGUUUUUAUUAGAAAAUAUUAAAUAUUUUAAUUCUCUUAUUAAACAUUUUUACUUGGCCGUGAGGUUAACU